GAGCCCAGCGCGCGGCGGGCGGAGAGAACCGAACUCCGGGAGGGACACGCGUGAGUCAGAGGGAGACUGAACGCGCGGACAGCAAGAAACGUUUUAUUUAGACGGGCUUGGCCGAGUGAGCCCCUCGCCGGCGACCGAAUAGCGCCCGUCGCCUUUUCUUCGGGAGGAACCCGAGGAGACGUCGUGCUUGCGCCGUGGCUUUUCGUACGAGGCGAACGGGAAGAAAUUACCUAGCUUGCACAAAAAGAGAGAGAGGAGACUCCGAAGAGAUAUAGACAGAGAGAGAGAGAGAGAGAGAGAGACACAGAGAGACAGACAGACGCGCGAGUGCGAAAGUUUUCGUGUCUGAAAACAAACGUAACUGCCGAAAUCGUGACGCAUAAACCAUGCACUCGGUCUGCAGCGCGGGAUAGCCGUUUCGUGCCGCGCGUUUGAAAGGAUUGCAGCGACCGCCACAAAGUUUAAUGCGCGGAACGUUUCGUUCCAUGCGCCAGAAAAACGGACAUUGCAUAAAAGGAGCCGAUUACAUGCUCGUUUAGAGCCGUUGUGUGCUACGUUUGGUCGCUUCGCCAGGAUUGCGUCCCCCGCGCUGUAGACUGGGGAACCGGGGGGCUGGGUUGGAUAUACGCCUGUGUAUUUUCACUUUUCCUUCACGGCCUUCUCCGGGAUGUAUCUUCUUGUGAAAUGCGUGCUGAUCGGCCAACUUAUGGUCUUGAUGGCGAAGAGUAGCAGCAGGGCGCUCUUGUGUCUGCCCUGCGACCUGUCCAAAUGCGAGGAGCCCAAGCACUGUACCGGCGCCGUGGUGCCGGGGAUCUGCGGCUGCUGCUCCGUGUGCGCCAAGCAGAGGAACGAAAGCUGCGGCGGCGUGUACGGUCUGUACGGGACCUGCGACCUGGGGCUCCGGUGCGUGAUCAGACCCGCGCUGAACGGUGGCUCCAUCACGCAGUAUGAGGUCGGAGUUUGCGAAGACGAAAACUGGGAGGAUGACCAGCUGCUGGGAUUUGAGCCGUGCAAUGAGAACCUGCUUACAGGCUGUAACAUCAUCGACGGGAAGUGCGUGUGUGACAACGUGCGGACAUGCAACAACCCAUUUGAAUUUGCCAGUCAGGAGGCUUGUCAGACAGCCCUGAAGAGGAUUGAAGAGGAGAAGCCCGACUGUUCCAAGGCCAGGUGCGAGGUGCAGUUCUCCCCACGCUGCCCCGAGGACUCUGUGUUGAUUGAGGGCUACGCCCCUCCGGGCGAGUGCUGCCCGCUACCCAGUCGCUGCGUGUGCAGCACCGCCGGUUGCCUGCGGAAGGUUUGCCAACCGGGCUACCUCAACAUCCUGGUGUCCAAGGGCUCGGGCAAGCCGGGCGAAUGCUGCGACCUCUACGAGUGCAAGCCGGUGUUCAGCGUGGACUGCAGCACGGUGGAAUGUCCUCUUGUCCAGCCUCUGCAGUGUCCGGCAGACAGCUACGAGACGCAGGUCAGGCUGACCGCAGACGGAUGCUGCACUCUGCCCACCAGAUGCGAGUGUUUGCCCAGUGCCUGCACCUUCCCACAGUGCUCAGAAGGAAUGUCCCCCCUGCUGGUCUCCCGUGGCAACGGCACGCCAGGGAAGUGCUGCGACGUCUUUGAGUGUGCCAACGAGACCAAGCCGGCCUGCACCUUCGACGGCGUGGAGUACCACGACGGGGACGUGUUCCGAAUGGACGUCUGCCACUUCUGCCGCUGCCAAGGAGGCGUGUCGGUGUGCCUGACGGCGCAGUGCGGCGCGCUGCGCUGCGAGCGCUACUACGUACCCGAGGGAGAGUGCUGCCCUGUCUGUGAAGAUCCUGUCUUCCCCAUGCUGAAUUUUGCAGGCUGCUAUGUGAACGGUCAGAUACUGGCACAUGGUGACCACUGGCGUGAGGACGACUGCACCUUCUGUCAGUGUGUGAGCGGAGAGCCGCGGUGUGUAGCAGCAGCCUGUGGGCACAGCUGCCUAAACCCCAUCAUCGUGCCAGGAGAGUGCUGCCCUGUGUGUGAGGAGCCCACCUACAUCACUAUGGCGCCCCCUGCCUGCGACACGCUGGAAAACUGCACGCUGACCGAGAGGGACUGCACAUAUGGCUUCCGGACGGACGCCGACGGCUGCCGCGCCUGCGGCUGCAGGACGAGAGAGGAGUUGUGCCACCGCCUGAUCUCCGGCUGCACCCUCGACUGCCCGUUGGGCUUCCAGACGGACGCCCACGGCUGUGCCGUGUGCCGGUGCCGGCAGCGCCACAGGAAGUGCAAGCCAGCCGCCUGCGCCAAGGACUGCCCCUUCGGCUUCGUGAAAAACAAGCAUGGCUGCAACACGUGCCGCUGUAAGAAGUGCCCCACCCUGCCAUGUGACAAGCCCUGUCCAAUGGGUUUCCAGCAGGAUGAGCUGGGAUGCCUCGUUUGCCAGUGCAGAGACCAGAGCUCCUCCUCCGUUGGGCCCUCCAUCAAGACGGCCUCCUGCUUCUCGAUGGACGGCAGGAGGCAUGAGAGCGGCCAGAGUUGGCACGACGGCUGCAGAGAGUGUUACUGCCACGCCGGCAGGGAAAUGUGUGCCCUCAUCUCCUGCCCCGUGCCUGUCUGUGACAGCCCCGGCAUCCACGCUGGACAAUGCUGCCCAACCUGCCCUGAAGAGCCUGGCUCUCACAAACCAGAGCUGAGCGAGGCGUCCGUGUGUUUGGCGCCUGGUGGCGAGUACUUUAUGGAGGGCGAGACGUGGAACAUCGACUCAUGCACGCAGUGCACCUGCCACGGCGGCCACGUGCUCUGCGAGACAGAGGUGUGCCCGCCCCUGCUCUGCCAGAGCCCAAUCAGGACGCAAGACUCCUGCUGCCCUCACUGCCCAGACGAGGCCCUGAACCCGCCGGCGCCUAGCAACGACAGCGUGCCCCGCUACUGCCGCGACGACGAGGGCGACAUCUUCCUGGCCGCCGAGUCCUGGAAGCCCAACGUCUGCUCCAGCUGCGUGUGCCUGGACGGAGUGAUCAGCUGCUUCACCGAAUCCUGCCCUCCGGUCAGCUGCGCCCGGCCCAUCCUGCGCAAGGGCCAAUGCUGCCCCUACUGCCUGGACGCCACGCCGCGCGCCGUGUGCCACUUCAGUGGCAGGACAUACAUGGACGAGGAGAGAUGGGAUAUCGACAGCUGCACGCACUGCUACUGCCUGCAGGGCCAGACGCUCUGCUCCACGGUCAGCUGCCCCGCCCUGACCUGCCACAUGCCCAUCACCUUGGAGGGCAGCUGCUGUCCCACAUGCUCAGAGUUGGCCCCCACCAACGUGCCCAUCGAGAAGACGGACCAGCGGGGAGACAAGACGAGGCACCAGCCAGCCUGGCCUACACACAGCGAAAAUGACAUCAUGCCCCAGUUCAGAGGUGACUUCGGCAACCUGCGGAUGCCCUACCUGGACGGGAAGACGCCGUUGCCUGGCGACGACGGGCGCCUUCACUGGGCCUGGGUUGCGCUGCCCGUCUCCAUGAUGGUGCUGGCGGUCACCGCCUUGUUCCUGCUUUUGCUUAACCAGAGGAAGCAAUGGAUCACUGUGCCUUGCUACAGCACACCCACUAAGCCCACGUGUCUGAAUAACCAGCUGGUGUACGUGGACUGCCACAAGGGGACAAAGGUCCAAGUGGACAGUUCUCAGCGCAUGCUGCGCAUCGCCGACCCAGACUCUCGCUACAGCGGCUACUACAGCAUGCAAAAGCACAACAACCUGCAGGCGGACAACUUCUACCAGACUGCGUGAGCGGGGAAGAGGCCCAGAGAGAGAGAGAGAGAGAGAGAGAGAGAGAAAGAGAGAGAGAGAGAUGGAGAGAGAGAUGGAGAGGAAGAGACCAAGCCCAGGGUGAGCUGCCAAAACUACACAGCACAUUACAACAGCUAUGAACUACAGUGAUGGACAGUGCCACACACAGAGAAGAGGACUGAGGAGAGACCUCGGCAAAGAAUAACAAUCGCAACACCCACAUUAGUAGAACGCCACUGCGCAAGGCACGCAGACAAGCGAAGACCUCAUCAAGACAUGACCGUGUCACGCCAGCCAUGCAGGAGUGUAUUUAUUUGAGCGGGAGAAGCUGAAAGAGGUUUUCCCAAAUAUUUUUGUGCAUUAUAGGUAUGUAAGUUUGGGAGUGCGUGCGUGUGUGUGUGCAUCGAUGGAGGUUUGUCAGACGUACAUAUUAGGGAUGAUUAGGGCAAAUUGGGGUGGAUUUUUUUUAAUUACUUUAUUUUUCAAAAGUUAUAUUUUUCGUGCAUUCCUGCUCUGUUUUUUUUUUUUUGGGGGGGGGGGGGGGUCAUUUUUUUUUAAAGAAAAAAUCUAUUUCAAUAGAGAAAACUCUUGAUUCAAGUGCUUUGUGCGAACGCUGAACCAAAGCUUCUCUGUAAGCGAGGACGGCGUUGGCGGCAGACGCGAGGACUCCCAUACAGCCGGGGCACGCGCAGGACUCUGGGGGCGCGCCAAGAAGCCAGGGGCGGGGGUCCCGAUAGAGGCCUCCUGCGGGCCACUUCCCUUCUCCCUAGGUCAGGUUUGGGGGCCGGGGGGUUUGCUCUUUGGACAGAUGGAGGGCGGUUGAGCUUCCUGCUGGGUACAUUCAUGUUGGUCUCUCUGUAGUAUUCUGCUUACACGUAUAAGCAUUUUUGCCCCUUCCACAUAACAAACGUUGGCUUCUUUAUUUUGCGACAAAAGGGCAGAGGGACUCUUUCUCAUACUGCAAGCGACAACGUGUUUUGCGGGAAAGAACAUAAAGGUUGUUACAUGGGAUAACAGGUAGUUGUACUGGUUUGAUGCAUCUAUGCUACAAGUGCUGCUUUUUUUUGCUUUGAUUCUGUAAGCCUUGUUUUCUAGGGGUUGAACUAUAGUAUCAAUUGCAAGGAAAUGUAGAAUCAAAGAUUACGGUUGACUGACUUUUGCUAAGGGGUUUUGAGGCACAGAAUGAUCUUUUAAUUGUAAUUUUUAUCCCUUGUUUUUACUUGUACGGAACUGCCUCCUCCUCCGGAAGCUUUGAAAUUCUAUUGAAGCACCUUUUGUUUUCUGGUUUUCCUUGCUCGGAAAAAAAAAAAAAAAAAGCAGUCUACUACCAAAAUUGGCUUCAGAAACCUAUACGCAUUAUAGGAACAUUUAUGUACAUAUUAAUACUAAGAUGAAAAAGACCUGAACUAUUGUGUGAGUAUAAAUGUCUGUGUGUAUGUUUGUGUUGGCAUGUAUGUACGUGUGUGUGCACAGACGCACAUGCAUGCAUGCUUUUAUUUUGCUUCACCUGUAAAGUUCUCCUUUUCAUUAUCCUAUUUGAAUGUAUUUAUGACAGAAAAAUAAGAGAUUUUUAUCUAUAGAAAACCGAUGACGGGCAUUCCAUUGCCUUGCUUGCUUGGUAGUGAGUUGAGAGAAAGACAAAGGAAAAAGGCAGAAAGAAAGACAAACAUCUCAUUCUGUUGUAGUUUGUUUCCUCUUUAUUGGGAUUUUGAGUUCCUUUGGCUCUUCUUUGGCCUCAGGGGCAGUUUUCCAGCUAGGCGCUCCGACCUUUAGCCGAGUCUCUUUGGCUUCCACCAGUGACGCAACAUCUUGAUCUGUGUCUUGGCGACGGUUUGAACUGCUGGUCAUGGGGUGUGUUUCUGUUCUUCAAGGUCAAAGGUCACUGCAGGCCUCAGAGCUACUGGGAGCUCAGCAGACAUGAGCUGUUGACGAGGGCGUAGUGAGGAAGAGAAGGGGCCUGUAGACUUGAGACAGUUUGUCUUGGCUGUUCUUUAAAUCUCUUGUCUGAAAAUGUUUGUAGAAAUAUACAUUUUGGCACUUUUAUAUAGAGAAAUAAAUAACCUUUGUUUUUUUGUUUUUUUUUCCUAACAAAUGCUUUUUAAAGAAAAAGUUGCCAUUGCGUUUUCCUCACACCUCGUGGGACCCUGUGCAGAGCGGUUUUCCAAGUGUUUCACAACUUGGAGACUAAAUCAGGAUGGUAGGAUGUUUUUUAAAAAAUAGAAUAAAAUCAAAACUUCACCUUUAUUAUUAGGCAAGAUGUCAUUUGGACCUGAAGCAGGCGUUAGUGUUUGUUCACGUGCACAGAUGGAGUCGUGUGAGAGAGCUGAGGUAGAACAUUUACUCCUCGUAGAAAGAGAGAAGGAGAGAGAGAGAGAGAGAGAAAGAAAAGAAAAAGAGAGAGAACCUGCGCCCCCCCCGAUGAAUCCGCACAGCAGCUCUGCACAGAGUAAAUAAAGCAACUUAUUGGAAGUUCUGAAUCACAGUCACGACUAGUCUGAGAGUUACCCAGAGACGUGGUAAACGAACACAAGCUUUGUGAGGAAUUGUGGUGUUAAAUAAAACCGCACAGCAACAUUGCCUCUCCAAAACAGUGACGAGAGUUUAGCGAGUCAUUCAGAAUUAACGGAUGGAGUACUAACGGGGGCAUGUCGCACUUCCAGUUUCGAAAUGCAAAGUUGCUGCCAGGAUUCGUUUAUUUUGUAGUACUUGGAGUGCUCCCAAGGCGUUCAUCUAAACACAACUGAAGAACACAGGGCUUCUGCUAACAGCCAAUCUGCACGUUCCGGGGGUCUUUUGGGGUGAAAUCUUUUUUAUUUUCAGUGUAUUCUCCAAGUAUUGUUGUAAAUACUUGAGUGUCACUCGCCAAAACCAAUUUUAAAAAAAGACAAAAGGGUUGGAAACAAAAAAAUAAAAGAUUUAAUUUAUUGUUUUAAUUACCUUAAUUUAUUGAUGAGCAGAACAAUUGAGCACAUAGGGGUUUCAAAGACAGCUGAAAUUGUGCAAAUGUUUUGGUGUCGUCUUGGACUCUUGAAGAGUGUUUAAAAAUGGCUGGGUUCAAAGACACAGCACGUUUUUUGAUUCCCACUGUUGGCCUGAUCUUAUCCCCAUUGUGUUUUUGGGUUUUCUUUGUUUUCUUUUGUUUUCCUUUUUUUCAUGAAAAACGUUCCUUUCAGGAAAAGCUAGUGGGCCUAGUCCUGUUUCAGUAAGUAAGCUUAAUGAACUUGGAGAAAUUUCUCUCCUAAUCCCCCUUCCUUCUAACUCUGUGUAUUCGCAGAAAACUUCAAACACAGAGCCUUCUCAAGUUUGUAUACUACUGGUGUUUUGUGCUCAUGUAAAAAGCAAGAUUUGUCAAUAUUGGUAUUGAUAUUGGAGUUUUCUAAAGAGGGUAGAUGAAGAUUUGACUCAGAAUUCCCAUAGCACAGCAGAUCUUUUUCAAUUUCUUGUAUUAUUUUUGUUUGUUUCUUUGCAGCACAAUAAAUACUUUUUAAACAGUCAA